AUGGUGUCGUCGAGCACAUCACGGAAUACGGGCAGGACACCAUGUCGAGUACGGCUGCCCCGCGCUCGGACAGGGCUGCUCCGGCUGCUGCUCGCCGCGGUGGUGCUGAGCGCGUUCGUGUUCGUCGCGGUCGAGGGCAAGGGCAAGGGCAAAACCGGCAAGAAGGCCGCCGCCAAGGCCAAGGCAGCAGCUGCAGCAGCAGGAGGCACCAUCGUAGCCAACACCGCCAAGAGUGGACCGCCAAAGUCCAAGCGAGGCAACACGGAAAAAACAGUGCCGUUGAGGACCCAUUCUCUCUAUGCGCGUACGUGCGCCGAGCCUGUCCCCAUCUGACGUGGCCGUGAUGGUCAGCGCAACCGCAACCUCGGCUGCCGUGAUCACGAGCUGCUGUGGACCAUGCGACGCAGUGCGUUCCAUAUCACACACUCUGACAUUGUGCUUUGUACGUUCCAUGACCCAGCCUAUGUCGACUCGGACCUGCAGAACCGCUGGUUCGACUUUGGCGGCUCGACCAUCAUCAACACGAACAAGCACGUACGGCUCACGCAGGACCGUGCAUCCCAGGCCGGAUGGCUAUGGUCGCGUCUCGCGCUCGCGCCCAACUCGUUCGAGGUCGAGUUCGAGUUCAGGGUCGACGGCAAGAGCUCGACGCUGUACGGUGAUGGGCUCGCCAUGUGGUUCACCAAGGCCCGUGCCGGGACCGGGCCUGCGUUUGGCAGUGCCGAUUAUUGGGACGGCCUCGGCAUCUUUUUCGAUACCUAGUCAGUGUUGCCCCCCAUUUCGGUGCGAUACCACGGCGAACUGACCCUUUCCUCUGCAUGACCUGCGCAGCGCCAACUCGAGGCACUCUUACUCGUUCCCUCGAAUCUACGCCAUCAAGAACGACGGCACAAAGGCCUAUGAGGUCGGCAAGGAUGGGCAGAGCCAAGAGAUUGGAGGGUGCUCGGUGAGUGGGAAACGUCAAGGUGUGAUGCCCAGGUGGCUGCAGUACGUGGUGGCUGAUGACGACACCGAACAUUGGCGACUCCGAACAUCAGCUCGACUUCCGAAGAACAGACGUGACCGCCAAAGCUCGCUUCACCUACUUCCGCGGCAAAUUUACAGAGGUCAGUUCUCUGAACGACUCUGGAAUGAAUUCAGUCAAUAAAACCGAUGAUUGAAACGUGCAACGUGCCUCGUUCCCACCCCGUCUCUCCAGCUCGCGAUCCAGCAUGACAAGUGGGACCAAUGGACAACGUGUUUUGUGCUCGACGGGUUCGAGCUGCCCGCAAACCCUUUCCUCGGCUUCAGCGCCUUGACGGGAGACGUAUCCGGUCAGUAAUCUCACUUCCUGGUUCGAACGCAAUUCCUAACCUCAUGUCUGAUGGUCUAUCACAAUAUCCUCUCGAAACAGACGCGCACGACAUCAUCUCCAUCACGACCUCCAACAUCGCGUACCACCCGCCUUCGGUCGAAAACAACAACCGACCUCCAGGCUCGCGAGGAAUCCCGGGCAAAGCCUUCUUUAGCUUCAUUGGGCGCUUGCUCAAGUGGUUCGUCUUUUUGGCGAUGAUCGCCGCGGCUUGGAUCGGGUACAAGAAUUGGAAAAAGACCAAGAGCCACAAGCGGUUCUAG